AUGACAACAAGGGAAGUAACUGUCUACAAAUAGUUUUGUGACUUUCUAAACAAAUACACAGAACAGAAAGGCAACAUUUAGUGGUAUACUUUGAAAGUUUUGUGCAUGUCGAGGAGUGUAUAUAGUCCAGGAUGACCAUAAAUGACGACAUCGAGAAAUUCAAGCAUGGUGUGGAGGAGGCGUUCCAUGAAGUUGAAGAAGCAUUCAACGAGGCUAAGGAACACAUGAUCCUGUCUGUCCGUAACCAUAGCUACAUGAUAGCCUUACUUCUGAUGAGCAUAACCUCAGCGGUUUUGGUCUUUGGUACGAUCUAUGUCUGGUGCUAUCAUCGUGGCCACUCAUUUAGUGAAGAAGAAUACUCGAAACAUGUCGAGGCUGUUGAUGCUGCUAAGAUGAAGAAGAAGAAACCAAAAACUGAAAAGAAUGAAACUGUGUCUCAGAAUGAUGAUAAAAAUGUUGAAGAGGUAAAAAGUAAAGAAAGUGUACAAGAUGUUGAAAAGUUAGAAAGUCUUGAUUCUACAGUUCAGGGUAUUGAUUCUAAUCCAGGAAAAAGUACAGUUGCAGACAAUAAUGGGGAUGUUCGUCAACGAAAGACCAGCCCUGGGACUAGUUUGAAUAAUAACGAUAGUCCUGUAAAAUCGCGUAUUCCUGUAAGGAGACAAAAAAGCAAGACAUCUUGAUUUUGUGAACAGAUCUGAGGAAUAUUGUUUUACACUUCAAAAAUUCUGGAAUUAAGAAAUGUCUCAAUGGAAUUCAGUUUUACAAUUAUUGAUCAUUGACAUAUCAUAAAAUAAAAUAUGUUAACCCUUUACCACUUAGAUACGUAUUUUCAUGCAUUUGUUGUCCCUUAGAAAGUUAAAUUUAAUUUAAGAACUUUCUUACUAGAUUUAAGUGUUAAAGCUUCAUUUCCAACUCUUAGAUACUGAUGAGAAGCAAACAGAUUAAAACCUGAACAGACUGCAAGUUACUCGCAGGCUGCUCUGGUUAUAUGCUGUUUGCAUUUUGCCAUUUUCACUUUGCUUCUGAGUGGGAAAGGGUUAAGCAUUAUUUGUUUGCAUGCAUUUUAUCAUAAUGAUAGAAUUGUAUGGUCUUUUUGGAGCAUUUUUCUGUUUGCUAAA